AUGGGUGGUGUGGCGCCACAAUGUCUCGAUGCUCGUCCCGCGCUGCCGCCGCCGUCGUCUCCCAAAUGGGAUGCCACCCAUGCUCCCAGGCCCAGAGUCUUGGACCGCCCGCGCCAGGGGACGUCGGCUGGCGCAGCCGCCUCGCCCCGGACCAACAGCCUCCGCGUUCCCCCAAGAGCCUCGCCCCGGAGCCUGCAGCGUCGACUAAACUCGGAAGGUGUCGCCGACUGGCCGCCGCCGUCAGCCCAGAGCCGAAUUGGUGCCUAG